GGUCCGAUGGUGUGUUAAAGGCGCCAUGGGGAGCUGCUGUAGCUGUCCCGAUAAAGAGAUCAUCCCUGACAACCAUCACAACAAAUUCAAGGUGAUAAACGUGGAUGAUGACGGUAAUGAGCUGGGCUCGGGUGUGAUGGAGUUGACGGAGGAAGAGCUGAUUCUGCACACACGCAAACGAGACGCCGUGAAGUGGCCUUACCUUUGCCUGCGGCGAUAUGGCUACGACUCCAACCUCUUCUCCUUCGAGAGUGGCCGGCGCUGCCAAACCGGGCAAGGGAUAUUUGCGUUCAAGUGCGCGCGGGCAGAGGAGAUCUUUAACAUGCUGCAGGACAUCAUGCACAACAACAGCAUCAGUGUGGUGGAGGAGCCGGUGCUGGAGCCCGAGCUUCCAGUGACGCCUCACACUCCUACCACUCCUGGUUACUCCGUCCCGACGGUAGCCAAUGGGAUCGGCCGCUACCCAUCAUUCGGCGACGCCUCCUCGCGGCCGUCCAGCCGUCACCCUUCGGUGGGCAGCACUCGUUUACCCUCAGUAGGGGAGGAGUCCACACACCCACUGCUGCUCGACGAGACGGUGCACACUUAUGUCAACACGACGGGUCUACAAGAGGAGCGGACCUCUCGGGGCGGUAGCCACGCCCCUCUAGAGCUCCGGACGUCCAAUCCAGAGAGUGCAGCCCCAGCAUCGCCCAAUGAGCUGGAGCCACACGUGCUUCUAGAGCUGGAGGCUGUAAAGUUUGUUUUAGGCCCCACGCCUGUCCAGAGACAGAUGCUGCUCAAGGAGAGACAGCAAGAGCUGGGCGAGCAGGACACAGUAGCGGUGGGCCCAAGCACUAACGCCGCUUCUCCCGCAAAAACUGUAAACGGCGGCACAGACUGCGACACGGGCUACGACAGCGACGAGCGCAAGGAGACGCCGCAUGAGACUCAUAACGGAGGAUCUGGAGCGAGACGCAACAGACCUCCCGUUCCGCUCCCAGACGCCCACAACGCUAACAACUCAGCCCAGCGGCGGACCGCGCUGCUCAACUACGAGAACCUCCCGGCGCUGCCGCCCGUCUGGGAGACCCGCAAACCCAACAGCGAGGACGUGGAGGAACUCAAAUCUCCGUCUCUGAAUGGCUUCCACUCAUUCGAUCACAACUAUGUGAACACGGAGAAUGUCACGGUGCCGCUCAGCGCACACAAACUCCACAGCACUCAGCCCACCGUAUUCAACUUCGACCUCCGCAGGCUCGGCCAGCUCAACUACAUCGAGGUGGAGAUGGACAAAGUGUCAGACUCCAGCGGGCCGCACACCCCCAAAACACCCUCCACGCCCCUGCCGCCCACCCCCACGCGCCGGACGGAGCUGUACGCCGUCAUCGACAUUGAGCGCACCGCAGCCAUGUCCAGCCUGCAGAAAGCCCAGCCGCGGGACGACGGCACAUCCAGGAAAACACGACACAACAGUACCGACCUGCCCAUGUGACCCGAGCAGCCAGAACACAGUGUGUCUCUCCAAAACACGUCUUGGUCACAUUUCACUACUGAAUAUAGACACAUAAAUCAUUAUAUUCCAAAUGAAGCCUGUUUUAUGCAUGCACAC